CAUACAAAUCUCCACCACAAUUUUGUCCUUAUGGACCGUACAAGCAUGGACAAACGAUAUAGAUUUUUCUGCAACAUCCUUGUAUAUAUAUAACCUUCUACCCAAAACUGCAAGCAUACACAUAUACACCUACCAUUAGCAUAGUAGAUUACUUCAACUUUGCCAUAUUUAAAAGCUUGGCACCACAACCAUGUCUUCCAUUAACUCCGAUGACUUGCACCGGAUUUUCGAGAAGUUUGACAGAAAUGGUGAUGGCCUUGUGAGCUUAGAUGAGCUUAAAUGUCUUCUUGAGAAAAUUGGUGUCCACCCCAGCAGCCUAGACGAGCUCGAGUCAUUGGUGGGCAAAAAAAGCCUUGACAUUAUUGAUUUCAUGUUCUUCUAUGAAACUAUCAUGGAGAAGAACAUGGAAACAGGCAAGGAGGAGGAUAUCAACAACUUGGACAGUGAUCUUGUUGAGGCUUUCAGGGUUUAUGAUUUGGAUGGAGAUGGGUUCAUUUCUUGCGAUGAGCUUCAGAGCGUGUUGGCGAGAUUAGAAUUGUGGGACGAGCAUUGUGGGAAGGAUUGUAAGAGUAUGAUCAACUUUUAUGAUGCAAACUCUGAUGGGGUGUUGGAUUUUGAAGAGUUCAAGAACAUGAUGCAGAUUACCAAUCCUUAAGAUUUCUCUUUUGUACAAACAAUUACUAUCUGGGAUUAAAUUUUUUACAACCUAGCAGAUUUCACACUUGAGGAGGAGUUAGGAGCCGAGGAGCCCACCCAUU